AUCACCUGGAGGGACAUCGCCGGUCUGGACGAGGUCAUCACGGAGCUGAAGGAGACGGUGAUACUUCCUGUUCAGAAGAGACAUCUGUUCCAGAACUCCAGACUGCUGCAGCCUCCCAAAGGCGUGCUGCUCUACGGCCCUCCUGGAUGUGGUAAAACGCUGAUCGCCAAGGCAACGGCAAAAGAGGCGGGGUUUCGCUUCAUCAACCUGCAGCCGAGCACGCUGACGGACAAAUGGUACGGAGAGUCCCAGAAGCUGGCUGCCGCCGUCUUCUCUCUGGCCCUGAAGCUGCAGCCGUCAAUCAUCUUCAUCGACGAGAUCGAUUCCUUCCUGAGGAACCGGUCCACCUCGGACCACGAGGCCACGGCCAUGAUGAAGGCUCAGUUUAUGAGCCUGUGGGACGGCCUGGACACGGACCACCACUGUCAGGUCAUCAUCAUGGGAGCCACUAACCGUCCUCAGGACCUGGACUCUGCCAUCCUGAGACGGAUGCCGACCAGGUUCCACAUCAACCAGCCGAGUGUGAGGCAGAGGGAGCAGAUCCUCAGACUCAUCCUCGACAACGAGAGUGUGGACUCCGCUGUGGAUCUCAGAGAAGUUGCCAGAGAGACGGAGGGUUUCUCAGGAAGUGACCUCAGAGAGAUGUGUCGCGACGCUGCUCUGCUCUGCGUCCGAGACUUCGUCCAUCACCACAGCGACAGCGUCACGGAGGAAACCAUCCGUCCCAUCGCUCAGACCGACCUGCAGACCGCCGUCUCCAAGAUGAAGCAAACGAAGACGGCCGGCGGUCAGGGCGCCCUGCUGCACGCUGCUCUGGACUGAACACGAGGGGUCACGUGACUCCCCCGCUGCCGCCACUUCCUGUUGAGGAUUCUACUUCCACAGACGGACAAAGGAGCUGUUUGUGAAACCAAAGUUCUGUUGAUGUUUCCGGAGGGACGACUUUCACCGCAACACCUUUGCUGCUUCCUGUUCCGCCGCUCCCAUCAGCCCUCUCUGCUGUUAGAAACACUGAGGAGCUCUUAUUGUGAAAUCCUCUGUUACAGAUAAUAAUCAAUAGGAUUAUUAUUGAUAAAAAGAUAUAAAGUUUUACGGUUUUUUUUUUGUUUUGUUCUGUAAAGAAAUCAAAUCAAAUGACAUGUUUUUACAUAAAACGUAAUAAUAUAUCAGCUCCUGAUCAGUUGGGACUGAUUAUCAUCAUGAAGUCAUUUAGAUUUGAUCAAACAUUUUAUUUGAUUUUACGUAACUUUUGGGCGGAGCCUUAAAACCUUUGAUGUUCCAUAUAAUAAAAGUUUUUAUUUAUUUUUCACCAAUAUUUUGGGUUUGGAUGUUUUGUAAAUGGGUUUGUUUUGUUUUAUUGCAUUGUUUAUAAAGUUCUAAACCAUAA